UGCCGACAACCUCAUUUUACCUCAAUCACGGCCUCCCUGCCGCUCACGGAAAAUUAGAGCCUCACCAGGUGCUCUUUCUCUCUUUCUCGACCACACGCCACUCCCUCAUCUUAUCAUCAACACCCCCACUAACCCCUACCAUGAAUACCACAUUCCUCUCUCGCCCGUUGCUCCGCGCAACUUUAAUAUCCGCCAGGCCCACCACUGGCCUCCGCACAUUAGCAUCUGUCGCAACCCCCCAGACCGCCCCUACCGAGCCUGGUUCCAAGAAGCCGAAUACCAAGCAAUUCCAGAUCUAUCGAUGGAACCCAGACACCCCCGAGAAGAAGCCUUACAUGCAGACCUACGAAUUGGAUAUGAACCAGACUGGGCCCAUGGUGCUGGACGCUUUAAUCAGACUCAAGAAUGAGGUUGACCCUACGCUCACCUUUAGACGCUCUUGUCGUGAGGGAAUUUGCGGGAGUUGUGCCAUGAAUAUUCAAGGGAGCAAUACUUUGGCUUGCUUGUGUAGGCUUCUUGAGUUUUUGAUUCCAUCCCUUUCUGAAUGAGGUUAAGGAAGAUUGCUAAUGUGUCUGUGAAUAGGCCGUAUCAAUGUCUCCGACUCUGCCCCCGUCAAGAUUUACCCGCUUCCGCACACCUACGUCGUGAAAGAUUUGGUUCCAGAUCUUACACAAUUCUACAAGCAGUACAAGUCUAUCAAGCCAUAUCUCCAGCGCAAGACUCCCUCCCCUGACGGAAGGGAGUACCGCCAGUCCGUAGAGGAGAGGAAAAAGCUUGAUGGAUUGUACGAGUGUAUUCUUUGCGCUUGUUGCUCGACUUCUUGCCCAUCUUACUGGUUUGUUUUAUCCUCACCCGUACGUGCAGUUUUCAUGGGAUAACAGUGGCUGACUGGCAUUUCCUAGGUGGAAUUCAUCCGACUACCUUGGCCCGGCUGUCCUUCUUCAGUCGUAUAGGUGGUUGGCAGACUCUAGAGACGAGGCUAAGGGUGCUAGAAAGAGCGCUCUUGAGAACGAGAUGAGUCUUUACAGAUGUCAUACCAUCAUGAACUGUACACGGACCUGCCCGAAAGGCUUGAAUCCUGGCCAGGCCAUUGCAAACGUAAACUCUCACGAAAGCUAUCUCUGUACACAAAAUCAGCUGUCGCUAAUCCCCAGCAUAGAUAAAAAAGGAGAUGGCAUUCGGCUCAUAGUGGCGGAUCUUUUUUUAAAAAUAAAGGAGAAACUCCCAAUUCCCUUCGAGGCGCAACAGUUUUGUCAAUUGUUUUCGAUAAACAAGGUUUUGGUGUAGAAUAGUUGCGUCUAGUUCGCACCCUAUCCCAUUGACAAUAUUGGCGGGGUAGUUUUAAACCUUUUCCCUUUUGGCUACGCUUUUCCUUUUCACCUUGAAUUGCUUUCAGUGGACUCUAUACUAAUUUCUUGGAGAAGCCUGGGGAGAAGGAAAAAGAAGAAAAAGAAGAAAACAAUUGAGGAAUACCAAUACCAGUGGCGUAAUUUCUCUUGUUUUAUGUAGAAAAAGGGGAAA